UUAUUUUCUUAUAUCAAAAAUCAGGAUGGAAACCAAAAACAAAGAUCUAGAAGAUGAUGAAGAGUUAGCUGCUUUACGUAUGGCGGCUUUAGCAACUUUAAAAUCUAGACCACUUAAAAAGACUGAGAGUGCAAACCUGGUACUGAAUGCAUCGGAUCAUGCUGCAGCUUUAUUUAGACAAAAGUUUCCUGAUAGUGAAAUCUCUAAAAAAUACUCUGGGGCUAAAACGGCUGCAAUUGUUAAAGAAAUGAUUCACUCGACUGAAAGUAAUCAUGUUUCCAAAAUUGAUAGUAUAGUGACACCAUCUAGUAAUACACCAAACUAUGCAUCUAAUAACUUAUCAAAACAGAUACCAUUCAUCCAGACAGAUCGAUUAGUGUAUUCUACUCAUAGCAAUAGUCAGUACACCUGGAGAAAAAGCAGCCAUACUUCUAGAAGAAGAGGUGGAGCAUUUUCAAAAGCUAGUCAAAGGUCAAAUUUGAUUGUCAUCAGUCCUGUUUCCUUGGAAGAAAAAAAAUCUUCCUGUGAAAAUGUACCAGCUCUUGUACUUCCUCAGCACAAAUGGAGCCAAUCACAAAAUGAAGACUCUAUGUCACCAAAAGCGUAUCGUCGGACAGGACCAACAAGGUUUCAUAGACAUGAUUCUGAUUCCGAAAGUAGUGACUCAGACAUGGAUGAUAACAGUGAUAAUGACUCUUACAGCAAUGAGACUGUAUUGCAAGAUGAACAUACAGAAAAUAAUUCAAGAUUGAGUCCUGAAGAAAGCAAUGAAGUUGGAUCAGAAACUGUUUUGGAGAAAGACAGGCUUUCUGAACGUAGAUUAAGUUUUCAAAAUCUGAAUUCAGAUAUAAAUCUAGAUAAAUACCAACACCAGAGUUCCAAUGUUUUUAAUGGUUUAAAAUCCACUUGUGAUUCUUCAGAUUCAAAAUCUGAAAAUGAUAGUAAGUCUUUCAAACAUGAAAGAGAUUCUGAAUACCCGUGGUUAUGUAAAUCUGAAAAUAAUUAUAAUUGCAAUCAAUAUAAUAGCACAAUUCUUUCAGUUGAAAAAAAUUCUGUUAAACAGACUAACACAAGUUCAGGAAAUGACAAAUCUAUUGAAACUUGUAACAGUAAUGUAAACUGUGGCCAAAUAAAAAACUGUGCAAAUAAAAGAUCAUCUGUAGAUCUUAAUAGGAAUGGAAACUGUGAACAAAUGAAAGUUUUUGCAAAUAAAAAGCCAUCAAUAAAUCAUGUAGUACCUGAAGCUAAAAGAUCAAUUUGGCUUGAUUCUGAAAUGCAAAAGGACAGCGUUCAAGAGAAGCAUUUGCCAAAUGAUGCGAGAAGUGUUUCUGAUAGUGACAAUAAGUAUGUAGGUCAAUCAGAGCCAAGAAAUCGUUUGUCUCAAAAUGAUUUAAGGUUUGAAUUAAAAAAGAGAAUGCAAGAUUAUACCUGUAAAAAUACUUCACCUACUGGAAAACAAGAUUCUUUGAACCAUUGUAUUCGCCAUCGUAGUUCCAGCCGUGAUAGGAUAAGUUUAAAUCGUGAACGAAAACGUAACCAAUCAGGUCGUUGGACUAGGUCUCGAAGUCGAAGUUCCUCAUAUUCUUCUACUACAUCAAGCAGCUCAUCAUCAAGUAGUAACUCAAGUCCAGCAGUGCGAUCAGUUUCAAGUGUUGUGAAGCCAGUUGAGCCUAAGAUUAUGGAAAGUGCUGAAAGUGAAAACCAAAAGAGUUCUAAAAAUGGUCGAAAAUCUAGCUUGUCAUCGUCGGACCCAGAAAAUAUUUUUUCUCUGAAAAGAAAAGUUUCAAAUGACCAGUACAAAUUUUCGUCCAUUCCUAAGAUGUGUGCACUUAAUGCUGAAGGCAAAAAUCAUGGUUUGUAUUUUUCAUUGAGUUAUAGUUUUAUAAUGGAUUUUAUUAAUUAUAAAAAUUUCAUGUUCAUUAUUCCAUUUUGUAAGUUUUUAAUCUUUCAACCAGCUAAAGAUUUGGCCACAAAAGGCCAUAAGUAA